ACGACUCCAAUUAUAUUCUUUCGCAAUGGCGUCGACAGGCAACAACAGAAACCAAAGCCGAAGUGGACUAGAUCUAUGCCUUUCGAAAUCGUCAGAUGUAAAAUUAUCAAAUUCUGGAUGUGCUGGAUCUAAAGAUGGCAGUGCAUCUCUUGACCCUGAGCCCCCAAGAGUUCCUAAAAGAAGACAAGAGUUGUUGAAAUGGAACGGAUGGGGCUACAAAGACUCCAAAUUCUUCGUCAACAAAGAUGGGAACAUGGAGUUUUCAGGGGAGAGGUAUCGCAUCAGUGGGUUCACAAUGCCAGCGAUGCGGGAGUGGAUGAUCAACACCAUCGGGAUCAGCCUCGACCAUAAAGCCCCUGCUCAGCCAGAGAUUCCUGCUGCCAACAUUCCCUUGCCAGUGAAAAACGAAGGUUUCCUCAGCGACAUCAGAAAGACAUCGAUAUCAGCUUCUGAUGAUUGCCAGGACAGACUCUUCCGAGCCCAUGGCCACACGGUGCAUGAGAUUUUUCUCCUCCGUGAAGGCAAGUAUGAGCGUGUUCCGGAUCUUGUUGUCUAUCCAGUAAACCAUGAUGAAGUGGUCAAGAUCGUGGAGCUGGCCUGUAAGCACAAUGUGGUCAUCAUCCCCUUUGGAGGUGGGACCAGUGUGACAAAUGCUCUUGAGUGUCCGGAAGACGAGAGGAGAAUGAUUGUUUCUUUGGAUACCUCACAGAUGAAUCGCAUCCUGUGGAUUGAUGAGAAAAACAUGACAAUGCGAGCAGAGUGUGGCAUCAUUGGCCAGGACCUGGAGAGACAGCUGUCAGAGCGAGGCUUGUGCACAGGCCAUGAGCCAGACUCCAUGGAGUUCAGUUCCCUGGGUGGCUGGGUGGCCACCAGAGCAUCAGGGAUGAAGAAGAAUAUCUAUGGGAACAUUGAGGACCUGGUUGUGCACGUUAAGAUGGUGACCCCGCGUGGCGUCCUGGAAAAAAGUUGUCAGGUACCCCGCAUCUCAUCAGGCUUGGAUAUCCACCAUUUCAUAUUGGGCUCGGAAGGAACUCUGGGAGUGGUGACAGAGGUGACCAUGAAAGUGCGACCACUGCCCCAGUGCAAAAAGUAUGGCUCCAUCGUGUUUCGAGAUUUUGCUUGUGGUGUUGGCUGCAUGAGGGAAAUUGCCCGCCAGCGCUGUGCACCAGCCUCAAUACGACUCAUGGACAAUGAGCAGUUUCAGUUUGGUCAUUCCUUGAGGGUGGAGUCCAAGUCCCUGUUGACCAACUUUUUGGAUGGGUUGAAGAAGCUUUACGUCACCAAACUGAAAGGUUUUGACCCGAUGAAGAUGUCAGUGGCUACCCUGCUGUUUGAAGGAACCAAAGAGGAAGUUGCAACUCUGGAGAAGAGAGUGUACGAGAUUGCAGCAAAGUUUGGAGGCAUUCCUGGUGGCGCAGACAAUGGAGAGCGAGGCUAUAUGCUCACAUUUGUCAUUGCGUACCUCAGGGACAUUGCUUUUGAGUACAUGGUUGUGGCGGAGUCGUUCGAGACGUCGGUGCCGUGGGACAGGGUGACCCAGACGUAUGACGCUGGGGCUGCCGUGUAUUUCUACUUUGGCUUCAACUACCGUGGCAUCAGUGACCCUGUUGCUGUGUAUGAACACAUUGAGAACUGUGGUAGAGAAGAAAUCAUGGCAAAUGGUGGCAGUAUCUCUCAUCAUCACGGAGUUGGCAAAAUCCGCAAACAGUACCUGCACAAGACAGUGGGCAACAUCGGGAUCGGGGCCAUGCAGGCUGUGAAACGCUACAUCGACCCCAACAACAUCUUUGGCAACAAUAACCUGAUGAUAGGACAGGACAUCGGGGACGCUGCUGUACAGGAGCCAGACAAUGUCCAUCUGCCGUCUAAGCUGUGAGGUGGACACAGAGCAAGAAAUAGAGCAUUUCAUCAUAGUCAUAACACAUUUGUCUUAGUUAUUUUGUAAAAGUGUAUUUUUAAAAAAUAGUGUUUACAAUCGUUAAUCUUAUGACUUGAACAAAAGUGGAAAUGUCUCAACAAUUGGAUUUUUAGUAUAUGAAACAAAAUCCUGUUAUUUUUGUUGUUUGAAAUUAAGUAACAGACUUUUUUGCUAAAUGGAUAACAAGAAACCUAAAGAAAAAUUAUUUAAGCAGUUGUGUUAUGACAGUGAUGAAUUGUAAAUAGUGAGUGGCUGGACGCCAGCUGAGAAUUCGUGUGGUACACAGGAACAUCGGGUCAUUGCUCUGUCGCUUUUUGGGGAUGUGUGUUUUCGGUGUGAUGUGUCCUGGGUUGAUUUGGUACUGUUUCUGAUUUUUUAAAUUUGGUGAAAUAGCAUUAAGCUUGUGGAGUUAAGCCUUUACAUGAACAAUGCAUGCUGUCUAGAAAUUUUCUACGCAAUUUUAUUUUAGCUUUUAUUUUACCAUCUCAUUUGUGGAACAAGCUUUACUGUUUGACAUGAAGACCACACUUUGACAUAAUAACACUAUGCUGGUGGUUUCUCCACUAACUUUAGUUUUGUCUGUUAGCUCAGAAGUUGAUUUGGGACUUUUUAUUUUUCUACAAGGGUUACUCUGUUGUGAUGUACACAUUUUUUGUAACCCUCUCCAGCAGUAUUCCAAAAUAUGCUAACCCACGCAUAUUUGAUUCUUCUCUUGGUAAGCGUUAACCUUGGACAAUUCACUGCUGGUUCUAGCUUUGUUUUCUCUGGAUUUGUUGCGUUGAAACGACAGUGAAUGGUUUUCACUUGUACUUAAAGCCUUGCAAAUUUUGGUCAGCUCUUUAAGUUUGUUGAAACUUCAAUAACAAUAUCAUCUUGGAUAUGGACUUGGACUGUUUCGGGGGGCUUGUGAUGCUGACCGUGAGAGAGAUUUUCUCGCGUUUUGAGGAUGCAUGUGAUGCUCACAGGACUGUGGGAGAACAGGAAGAAGAAGCAAAUAGUUGAGAUGGAAAUGUAGGCUCUGGAAGUGUCUUUGCAUGAAGGGUUGGACAAGGAGUUUUGGUAUCAAGGAAAGCACUGUAUGUAAUGUUGUUGUGGAUUUGCACAUGGGCAUUUCUAAUGGUUCUCUUGUAGCGCAAUGUUCUUCAUGUUUACAAAAGUCAUUCCUUGAUAUGUAUUGUUCAAGUGCAUAUGUUCAAAAUUUUUAGUAUUGCCUCUGGUGACAUGGGUGAUAUUGGGUUUUUCCAUACUUCUCUCUUUGCCUUAGGGUUUGAAUGACUGGGGUGGAAAGCAAAUGUGGAAGCAUCAGAAAAAAAAUCUGUAGCGUCUCUCAUUUAUAAUAAACACACUCUGCUGAACUGCGACUUGGUAAUUACCUUGGUUCCUUCAGUACUGUGCGAAUUCAUAGCUCACUUUCUUGACCACUGACAGGAGGGAUGCCACUUAUUAUCUGUAUGUUUUCAGAAUCCAGGAAAUUUUAGGAUAUUUUACCCUUCCUUCUUUUUUUUUACUUAAAUUUUUUUUACAGUUUUGUGUGUGUGUGUGUGUGUGAUGAUGAAUUCCCUGUAUUAGGGACAUGACUUCUGAGUGCUUGUUUGGAGGCUAUCUGACCAUGCUGGCAAGGUGUGCUGGAGUUAUGUGAUGCUUAGAAAAGAUUGUGUGUGUUUUAUUUUACAUGUGUAUGUGUGUGCCUAUUUGUGAAUCUGUUUGUGUGUGUGUUUGUGCUUAGUUUCUACUAUAUGUCCAAGUUCAUGCCUGUGUGUGUGUGUACAUGUGUGCUGGCAUGUGUCGGUAUUUGCUUUUAUCACAAGGCUGCAUGUGUUCACGCACAUGUCCGUGUGCUUGUACUUGUGUCGUGGGUGUGUGUGUGUUUGGCUGGAUGUCAAUUCCCUGGGUAGACUACAUGGAUAUAUUAUGUUGCUUUUAUCCAAAGUUCCUGUAUAAUCUCAGUUCACACAUUCUGCCUGAGACUUUGUUGAUAUGUUGCUUUUGUUUGUUCUUUUACACCUUUGCUUUCUUGUUUCUUUAUCUGGCCAGAACUUUUGUUUAUGUUAAGCAGAGCCUCGGAUCAUACUUCACCUUGUGUGUUGAUGUUCAGGGGGAGACUUUAAUUGUUCUGCAUUUGUUCACUGAUUGUUUUACGCUUCCUGUUACAGGUCUGUGGUAUUGUUGACUCUAUAGAACAAAUCUUUUUAAUUUGUGGGUUAAAUACUAUGGCAAAAGAAAGGAUUUUCCUCACUCUAGCCAGGCCGUUUUGGCCACCAUGUUUUCCUGCCUGACUAAAGAGAAAAAGUGUUGGGGGUUUUUUGUUCUAAAUCUUUUAGAAGCUCAAAGGUAUUACGACUGUUACAUAUUAAAAAGGUAGGGAAUUGGAUUUUCUUACUGACAGUCUAAAGAAAAAGUAAUAAGAGUAUAAAUUAGCGGUUUGGUGUGAGUUUGAAGAUCACCCAACUGCAUGAUGCGUCUCAUGGUCAUGAAGCAUUGAUCGUGCAGGUUGUAAAAUGUGACUAGUGGUAGGGAAUUAGAUAAGGUGAUGGUAAUGCUAGGUGGGACUUUAUGUCUCUCACAAAGACUCUUUUAUCUUAUUUUCCUCCGUGCUCGGUCUGCAGGGACAGAAAUAUUUAGGUAUCAGUGUAUGAACGUCGAAGAGGCUAUUACAAAAAAGUCAUCUGAGAAGUGGAUGAAACAUUGAAAUAUAGUAUAGAUAAGAAAAAGACAACUAUACAGAUCCUCGUAGAGAGUAAUUUUAUGAUGACUGGCAUAUGAGAAAGAUUAAAUCAUAUUGCAUCACAAACUGAAAUGGAAGCACUGUAAAGCUAGAUGCUACAGUACAGUGUACAGAGCGCCUAUAGAAACUUGCCCUCUCUUGUUACUGUUCAAUAAUUUUUAUUUAUUGCUUACACACAUCAGUGUUGAUGGUCACAAAAUCACCGACCUCUGAAAAGCUGAUUUCACUGUAGGCAGGAAAAAAGGGCUGUUCUGCCGCUUUUUUUUUUUUCAGUUGUUAAAUAAACUUGGAAAGUAAUAGUAUGUUUCUUUAGUCUCUAAAUAGUCUACUUCAUGAUCUACACGUAGUGUAAAGCCUAAAGUUGGAUAAAAAUUGAUUGUGGAAAAUUUGUUCAAGUCUCAGGAAUGCACCAGUUACUUCCCAACAACUUCAGAAUUUCUGUUUCAGUGGAACAAAUAUGAAUUUUGAAUGGUAAUAACAAUUACUUCUUUAAAGGAAUAUUACGUCUACUCUAUUUAUUUCUUGUGUAUUCUACAAUGUAAUCAAUUAUGCUCUUGCUCAAUUAUUAUAGUAAAGCAACUUUUAUACAAAUGCGUGUAAUUGCGUAUAUCUAUCUUUUGCAUAGUGAAUGCUGUAUUUCUAAGCAUUUGAAGCCAAUUCCUGCUGCCUUGGUGAUGUCAGUAUGUAUAAGCAAAAUAAGGCAUAAGCAACAGUGAGGGUGUGUGUGUGACAAGUACUUUGUAUAGACUGGAUACUGAAAUGGUGGUACAGUGUUAGUAUUAGCCCAGCACUUUUUUAAAUAAUUCAUAUUCGUGUUUUUCAAAUUGCCAAUAUGUGUAAUCUGAACAGAAUACGAAUCUACACGCUUUGCGUUUUCUAUAUUUUUCGUUUUAGUUAGUAUGUUUAAUGCAUACAGAAUAAGAAUUCAUAUGCUAUGUGUCUUUCUUUGCUAUUGUAUUUUGUGACCUUUUCUGUUCGACUAGAAAUUUACGAUGAAAACAAUACUGUAACGAAAUGCAGCAAAGUUUAGGGUUGACAUUACUGAUAGUGAUGUUGUUGUUUCAGCAUAAAUUCAGUGUCAUUCAGAGUUGAUGGAUAGAGUUUUGAGGGUUGUCCUUGUGUUUAUCACCACCGAGUCGAGGUUUCUGCGUCGUAAGGUACAUGUUGAUAUCUAGCUUUAAGCAACAAAAUAGCUGUCAUGCCCAGUCAUGAGUCAAAGUGGGAGCAUGCAAGUCAUGUGACUUCUUGUGUGUUUCUACAUUUGUCCUGACAGGCGUACUUGUUUUGGGAAAAAACAAGACACAUUUUUAUUUAUUUUUUAUUUAUUGUUAUGAAUAUAUCUGAUUUAAAAGCUUUGUUUUAUAUGUCAUCUUCAAAAAGUGAUAUAAUUGUUAUUGUGUUUUGAAAAAAAAAAAAACUCUUCUAAUCCGGUAGUCCCAUCCUGUUUUUGUUUUUAUUGAAAUUUUCUUUUAAAAUAAAACAAAUAAUUCUUCAA